AUGUCUCGCUGCUUUCCAUUUCCCCCACCUGGAUAUGAAGGAGAGCAUAGGCCUGAAGACUUGGAUGCAUGGAAAGAGGAAAAUCAUAAAGAGAAGAAGCACAAAAAGGAGAAGAAGGACAAGGAAAGAAGAGAAGGCAAAGAGAAAAGGGCAAAAGAAAGAAGUGAUGAAAAACUCAGGGAAAAGAAAGAUCGAAAAGAAAAACACAAGGACAAGAAGGGAAAACACAAGGACAAGAAGAAGGAGAAGGACAGGGAAAAAGACAAAGAGAAGAACAGCAUCUCUGAUGAGUCAAAUGUUGCUGGGAAGCUUGAGGAAAGUAGUGAGGAGAUGCUUCAUUCAAAAGGACACAGCAAAAUUAAAAGCGUUUUCACAGAUGAGGCGAAACAUGCUACACAUAUUGUGGAUCAAAAUGGAGGGAAGCUUAUUCAAAAUAGCCUUCUUCAGGGAACCGAGGAAUCAAAAUUUGUGCAGGAGCUGGACAGGAGAAUCAGAGAUGAUGAGAAGGGUGCAGAGAGCCAGUUGCUUAACAGAAUAUCAGGUUUGGGCAAAAGGGAUCAAGAGGCUUCUGCAAAAGCUGGUACCAGGAGCUCUUCAGGAGUAUUGGCGGAGGACAAGGGAAAGAACAAGGAUCAGAGAGUUGACGUUAGAAAAAUUGACGCGCAGAGUUUCAGGGAAGAGUUUAGUGCAAACGCUAUGGUCCAGAACAAUGCUGGAACUGUCAAAAGUGAAGUUGAAGUAAUGCCCAAACCAAUUGAGGAACACGAUAGCAGGUUGGAAGGUAGAGAGCUAUCAAAGGAAAAAAGAAACAACAAUCAGGGAGACAAACACAAGGGAAAAGAUAGAGAUAAAAAAGUCUAUGGCAAGGACAAAGACAAGAAAAAGGAGAAGAAAGGGGAGACGAGGGCGAAGGGAAUAUUUGAAAAUAAGAAAAGAGAGCAGGAUAAAUCCAAUUAUGUAGGCAGGAACGAUCUUGUGGGUGUUACUAGCAAUGCUAGUACACGUCUAUUGACGGACAUUAACAGAAAUUCUGUCAAGGAGGGAAAUAUCAGGAAAAUAAAAGAUGUGAGUACCAAUGGUUUUCUUCAUGUGAGCGAAGUCAGGCCAAAUAAAUUGCAGAGGAUCACUCACCAGUUGACAGAGAAUGGAAGAGAAAUUGAAGCUUGCCAAAAUCCCAAUGUGUGCGCUUCCUAUAAACAGUUGUCUCCUUAUGAUGUUUGCUUGGAUAAUGAGGACUGGAGGGUGACUGGUACUCUCGAAGCCGGGAAACUGUGUACAUCUAAACCUAAGCCUUCAACUGCUACUACGACUAUUAAUCAAUUUGCUGAAACAUCAAAAAAAUCUGUCCAUCUAGAUUCCAAGUUUUCGAAUGAAGCCCUCGGGAUACCCAAGAUGGAGAAUCUAAUUGCUGAAGCUUCAAGGAGGCCUCCCCAUCCAGAUUCCAAGUAUCUGAGUGAGAUUCUCACAGUACCCAAGAUGGAGGAGUUGCAAACUGAUGAACAGGAGUGGUUGUUUUACAAGAAAGAUCCUCCAUCAAAUAAGCCCAAGGUGGGGUUUUGGGGGGUCAGGGAAGACUUGAGUGUGUGGUCUGAAGCUAUGUAUAUAGAACCCGCUGAUGUUUAUGCUCUGCCAUAUGUCAUCCCUUAUUGA